GAAAUCAGUUCAAUUCCCAUUAAAAUUUCGUAACAUGACUCGACUCUCGCUAAUUGGAGGCAUCCUCCUCCUCCCAGUGGCCUUCUCCUACGUCCCCACCACCAACUUUUUCCCGUAUGGAGCCACCCGCGACGCACAAGUUCCCGUCGCCGACGACAACUUUGUCCAAUUCGAUAUUUCAGGGGGCAGCCGGUACAACUUUUUUAGCACGCCGUACACUCGCCUCUUUGUGAAUAAUAAUGGAGGAAUUUCUUUUAACUCGGGAGUCUCUUCCUACACCCCAAACUGUGGACCUCUCACAGUCCCCAUGAUCGUGCCGUAUUGGGCUGACGUGGACACUCGUUAUUAUGGAGGAUCCGUCUUCUACCGCGAAUCUCGUGACCCUGCAGACCUUGCCAAAGCGAAGGUCGAAGUCCAACGCGCCUUCCCGGGUCUUACAAAUCUCGCGCUAAGCUGGAUGUUCAUCGCUACGUGGGAAAAUGUGCCAUUUUUCGGUGCAAGCACAGGCAACUGCUCCUCCCCCAAUAUUAAAAACACCUUCCAAACCAUCCUCGUCACGGAUGGGAGUAUGUCGUUCGCCAUGUUUUUCUACAACAAACUCCAGUGGACGACGGGGACCGCGUCGGGCGGAAAUUGUCAAGGGCUAGGCGGUGUUCCAGCCAAGGCAGGGUUUGACACGGGUGAUGGCACAAACUUCUACUCCCUCCCGGGAUCCUGCUCUCCAACCGUGACCGGAAGCACGGAGACCAGCAAUGUAAACUCACAGGGAAAAUGGAUCUUCAGAGUUGACCAGGCCAACAUUGUCGCCCCGGUGACGACGACGACGACGACUAGUCGACCCACGAGCUCGUCCUCGACGAUGCGAUCAACUAACAAUACCACGAACGGGACCCAGUGUGAUGCAUCAUCCUGCGUUCGAGUCGGGCAUUGUCACUCGUACUCUUUCUGCAACCACGUGACGAGACGAUGGGAUUAUAAGGAGUGUUCAGAUGGGCUUUUUUGGAAUCCGUAUUCCGGUUAUGUUUUAUCAGGUGGGAGUGGAAAUUGGUUUGGGAAUGGAACCAUGUCACGAAGCAAUGGGUCCUCACCCGUUCAAUGUACGGGAAGUUGCGACUUGUGGAAUAACCUGUCUCGGGAGACCCAAAAUCUGUAUCGGUCGGACACCACGUGCUUUCCUGAAUGUUACUUUGAACCGCUGGGGGCCUGCUCAAGUUCGUACAGGUAUCAUCCUCAAGGGACUGACAGAAGGGGUGUGAAAAUUGUGCAAUGCCCGUACGACUCGCGACCGGAGGGACGAUUCAGACAGUUGGUUUGGGUUCAGGAGAAGGAAUCGUGCGAUUUCUGCUAUAAUGCGAGGUCAUCUUUUAGCGGAAAUGGGACGCAAUAUUGUUGUUCCAAUUAUUCUGGUGGGAAUGGAACGAAUCCGAUUGGAAAUGGGACAGUGGGUGGCUUCAAUCCGACAUGGGUGCCUGCACCGGUCACCACGUUCCGAACUACGACAGCAGGCAUACCCGCAGCAGGUUAAUAACAGAACAGUGUAUAAUAUUGGCUUGAAUCAACAAUGGAUAUAAAUAUAAAACAUAAUUUGCAAAGAUAUUAAAUUGAAUCAGUUGUGCAUGUGUAUCUACUCAUUGGAAAUAAAAUUUGUGCAUAUCAAGA